AUGCCGCGCCCAACACGCUCCGUGUCCGGGGCCGUCGCCGACGACAAAGAGUUCGGCCCCGAGGUUUCAUCGCGAGGCGGAGGCGAUGGCGAGCCCAAGUCGGGGCGGAUCGUCGACGCUCAGGAGCUGCUGGACGCGAUGACGUGCCCAGUAUCGGGUCUCGUCUUUGUGGACCCGGUGACCACGACCUGCGGGCACACGUUCAGCCGACAGUCCCUGGCGCGGUGGAUGACGUCGACGGGAUCGAACCAGCGGGACGGCGCGGGCCCGUCGUGUCCGACGUGCAGGGCUCCGCUGUACCACGAGUCUCCCCACCAGUGGCCGGUGAACACGGUGCUGGUGGACCUGGCGGAGAGAUUUCUCCGAGACGAGAUGAUCGAGGCGCGGACGCUGACGUACAAGAUGCCCGGCGCGAUCGCGGGUGGAUCGGGGGUGGACGGUGACUCUCAAGCCGGCCAGAUCCUCGGUGAGCUCCCCCUGUUCGUCCUGGACUCCAUGACCCCGGGGCAGGAGCUGACGCUCAACGUGUUCGAGGAGAGGUACAAGCUCAUGAUAAGGCGGUGCCUCCAGGCGACGCGAAAGUUCGGCAUGGUGGGAUUGGCGCGACCCGCGGCGACGCACGGACCGUCACGAGGCGUGGGAGGAGACGGCGGUUUUAGCGUCGAGGCGGGUGAAUCGAACGGGAGGGAUGGCGUCGAAAGGAGGGAAGGCGUCGAAGCGCGCCACGAGCACGCGGGCGCGAGUCGGCUGCUCCGGUACCUCCUCGCCGACCCGUCGCCGCCGGGAGCCCGGGGCGGCACGUUUCACGCCGAUCACGCGGUGGAGUGCGUGAUAACCGCGUUCCAGGAGUUGUUGGACGGGCGGCUCCUGCUCAGGUGCCGCGCCACGCGACACGUGCGCAUCGUGGACUCCAGGGACGAACCCGGAGGCGCGGGAUACACCUGCGCCACGGUGGAGGCGGUGGUCGACUCGGACGUUCACCCGCCCCGCCCGGGACGUCCGUCGAGAGAUGGCGACGCGUCCGGUGGUGACGCGUCGGCGUCGAUCCUCGCGCGCGUGUGCGCCGGGGUAGCGCCGGACGACCUCGCGGACCGGGACCGGGCGAAGAUGCUGCUGAGCAUGGAGAUGGCGGCGGGGAUCCACCACGUGUGGCUGGCGCACGUGGCGGGGCGCACCAUCGGGUGGCAAAGGCCCGUGGACUGUCCCGCCGCGGACGACCUGGAGCGAUGGUCGCCCCCCUCGGACCCGCCGGAGGACUGGGUGCGCUCGCGGUAUCCCGUGCGCGAGAGCGGGGCACUCGGGGGGCGAUCGGGGGUCGAUCGGUUCCCUUCUCCCAACGAUUUCCUGCGCAGGUCGUACGGCGGUGACGUCGAGAACCUGCUCGCGAUGUGCGGGAGCAGGCCGGCGGCGCACAUGCCCACCGAGCUCUCGUGGUGGUUCACCCGAGUGGCCAACCCUCUGCCGCCGCUGGGAGCCGCGCUGGAGCUUCGACCCGACGCGUUGCGGUGCACCAGCGCGACGGAUCGGUUCAGAAACGUGUGGGCUAAGCUGUUCGCGUCCAUGGUAUCCCGCCACGGCCUCAAGCCCACGCAGUUCAGGGGCGCGAGACCCAUGGCCGACGCGACGAUCGCGAGCCUCGUGUGCGAGGCGCUCGACCCCGACCCGGCCACCGCGUUCGGAGCGGUGUGGUACCCGGCCAUCGCCGAGCUCAGGGACCGCGGAACAACUACCGCGACAGUUCCGUCGUCGUCUGAUGGCGCGCCGCCCGUGAUACAAUACGAGGGUGCCGUGGAGGAUUCCGAAGGACGCGCGUACAGACGAGCGCGGGUCGAGGACGUCGAGGCGUUGAUCGACGCGGUGACGCGAACCCUGGAGCUUCCAAUCGCCGCCGACGAGUGGUCACCCGUAGAGGGAAGGUUCCUUUCGUACGUGUACGUGUCGCCGAGCGAUUUCGAGGGACCCGGACCCGCCAUGCGAUUACCCCCGGUUCCCCCCGACGUCGAUCGCGAGGGACCCGGACGAUCGACGCGCGUACCCCCGGUACCCCCGGCGAGCCCCGGAUCGCGAUCGACGGCCCGCUCUGGAAUUCUCGGCGGGCCCGGGUCGGCGGGUGGGCUCGCGGCGGUCGCCCGGCGGGGCGGCGUGCCCGCGGUGUGCUGGUGCCUGCACCUGAGGCUGUCGUCGAUGCUUCCGGUGGAGUGGGACGACGCGGUGUCGCGCAUCGCCGCGGCGUUGCGGGGCUUGGAUCCCACGCGCGGGGCGCCCGCGGUGGAGGGUACCGUCGUCCCGAUUCCCGAGUACGCGCCCCAGCCCGGGGACUGGUUCUCGGCGGGGAAGUGCGUGGGACGGCGACGCGCGCGACUGGCGGGGCGGGUCGGGGCGUCGUACGGUAGGGUCGCGGGUGCGACGGUGGGCGCGGUCGUGUGGGCGUACUACGUGGUGUGCGAGCUCUUCCUGUUGACGGCGCUGGCGCUCGGGCUGUUUGGGCGCCCCGGGCGCAAUCGAUUCCCGCAGUCGUUUGUGAGGGGCGCCGCCUUGGCACUCGCGGCUGCGGCGCUCUUCGGCGUCCUCUCCUACGUGCCGUAGCGAUGCGUGACAUGAAUUUGAACGCCAACGUCGUGACUCUGCUAUUACAAUCCGUAGCCCUCUAGCUAGGAGACUUUCGCUCACUCCUCGGAUGGGAUCA